GCGAGGAUGUAUUUCCGUCGCGAUAGAAAUCUCUUUUCAAUGUAAAGAGAGUGCACAGGACGCCCGUCUUUACGCACAGAUGCCAUUCCCCAGGGGCUUUAAAAGGAGUGGCUCACGCUGUUAUUGAACACACAAUUUAUUCAGACACCUCUGCGUGGUCUUCGCUGCACCUCCAGCAAACAUGACGACACACUUUUCCCAGAACGCAGAGGAGAGCCCGGAGCCCCGCAAGGCAGAAGUCAAAGGGAACAUCCCCAGCUGGCUGCAAGGCACACUGCUGCGCAAUGGCCCCGGCAUCUUUUCCGUGGGGGUCACCAGCUACAACCACUGGUUCGAUGGGAUGGCGAUCAUGAAAAGCUUCGCCAUCAAAGACGGGGAAGUUACUUACAGGAGCAGAUUUUUAGAAAGUGACACCUACAAAGUCAACAAGGCUGCGAACAGGAUCGUUGUGUCUGAAAUGGGAACGAUGGCAUACCCGGACCCCAGCAAGAAUUUCAUUGUCAAAGCAAUUACCUUCCUCAACCACACAGUGCCCGACUUCACUGACAACGGCGCAAGCAAUAUCAUCAAAUACGGAAACGACUACUACGCCACGUCAGAGACCAACUACAUCCGCAAGAUCGAUCCCGUGACGCUGGAAACUCAGGACAAGGUGGACUACAUGAAGUACCUGCCGGUGAACCUGGCUUCGUCCCAUCCUCACUAUGACAAGGAGGGCAACGCCUACAACUUUGGGACUUCGAUAGCAGAGAAGGCCAAGACCAAGUACAUCCUGUUUAAAGUCCCUGCUGUCUCAGAGACGGACCAAGCCAAGGAUGGGCCCGCCCUGAAGAAAGUGGAGGUGCUGUGCACGGUGCCCUGCCGUUCCCUUCUCACACCCAGCUACUACCACAGCUUCGGCCUUACGGACAACUACUUCAUCUUCAUCGAGCAGCCUCUCAAACUGGACAUCCUCAAGAUGGCCACGGCGUACAUGAGGGGGGUCAACUGGGCCAGCUGUCUGAAGUUCAGCCCGGAGGAAAAUACUCUGAUCCACCUGAUAGACAGAAAGACGGGCAAAGUGGUGGAUACAAAGUACUACACUGGCGCAAUGGUCGUCUACCAUCACGUGAACGCAUUUGAGGACGAUGGUCACGUGAUCGUCGACGUCAUCGCCUACAAAGACAACAGCCUAUAUGAUGCAUUCUACCUGAACAGAAUGAAGGAGAACCCCGGGUCGGAGGACGAUAGCUACACCAAACCAAGCUACAAACGAUUUGUACUGCCAACCCAUCCAGACAAGGGCGUGGCAGUUGGAGAAGACUUGGUAAAACUCAAGUACACAACAGCCAGUGCCGUGAAGGAGAAAGAAGGCAAACUGAUGUGCCAAGCAGAGGUUCUCUGUGGUGGCUUUGAAUUGCCACGAAUGAAUUACGACUUCAAUGGCAAGAAGCACCGGUUUGUCUACGGGUGCAGUGUGGAGAAGUGUGCUGUGGCGAAAGAGAUUGCCAAAUUCGACACAGAGACCAAGACAAGGCUUCACUGGAGUGAAGACAACUGCUCGCCCUCAGAGCCGGUUUUCAUCCCCAGACCAAAUGGGGAGUCAGAAGAUGAUGGCGUCGUCUUGGCAACAGUUAUCAACUCUAACCCGGAACAGUCAAGUUUCUUCUUGAUCCUCGACGGCAGAACAUUUAAAGAGGUUGCUCGCGCGUACGUGAACACGGCGCUCAACCGGGAUAUGCACGGCUUUUUUAUCCCACAACAAAAUUAGUUUGCUUUUUACACCAACUGUGCUUUGGGGCUGAGGAGUCCGUUUGAAAAGUCAAAAUUCUCUGCUGAACAUUGUGUUAUGAAGGAAAGAAGCAUUAUGAGGACCUAAAUGCUGACAUUGACUACCGCUUCUCCUUAAAGCUAUUUUAUCAAAACAAAUUGUCUAGAAAUAAUAUGCAGUUGGUGUGUAAUUUUUUUAGCAUGGAUCAACAUGUUGUUUAAGCAUCUCUUUCUGUGUAUAUACAUCCAUAUUAUUCAGUCCACAUUAUUUUAUUGUACUGCUAUGAAAUUGUAUUUGUGCUAAAAUAUUGACAUUUCUGAGGCGUGCUCCCAUUUUACCGUUACAUAAGAUAAUGAGAAAAAAAUGUAAUGUAGUAUUGAAUAAAUGUAAUGCAAUAUUAAAGAAGUUUGUAAUUCAGUAUUUGAAUUACCGGCUACUGCUUAACUUUGAAAACAAAGUACUUCACAAGAUCUUUAAUGACACGUUUAUUUGAAACUCAUAUAUUAAAUUAAAAUUUACAGGCCUUUAACUCGUAUAUUGUUGCCAAAACUUACCUUGUGCCUGUACUACUAUAAUCACAAGAAAAUAAUCAGCAUUUUGCACAACAUGGUAACAGCUAUACACAUUCAGUGGAAGACAGUUUCCCAAAAAGCACUUAAGGUAACUCUGAGCCUUCAUUGGAUACACACACAUCAGCUGACAGUCAUGAAGCCCUUGAACCACAGUAUCUAAACGAUUAGAUAUGAGCAAACUGCAAUAUGUAACUAGGUUGUAGGCGUUUAUAGAGGACAGGUCAUAUGGGUUUAUUAUUCUGUUAUGUAUUGCUUCAAGGGUUCAUAAUGGACUCAUUAACCAAAACUUAUUGCAAUGUGAUGUUAAACACAGGGUUACCAGGAGCAGAACGCACAUGUGUUCAGCCUGGCAAAUUACAUUUAAUUUGUACACUGUUUGUUCACAUAUCCUUGAAGACAUUCUAAUCGGGGAGUAAAAAUGUAUUCAAAUUGAUAAACACAAGAGUACAUGUUUUUGUGGUUGUCAUGGAAAUGUGAGAUGUUUCUUCAAAGUGCUGUCCCGUCGUAUUUACACCAUUUAAAGCCCUUACAGCCUGACUUUCCAUUUUCCAGCUGACGUUACCUGAGGGCCCAGGCCGCAGGGGGGACAUCGGAUUGGGCUAUGGACCCAUCAUAACGCUAUAUCAUAUUUCACCUUUGAUAUUUAAUGGCAUAUCCAAACUAAAGUAGACAAAAACAUAUGUGAGGGCACUUUAAGUAAUUUGCAACACAGUGAUGUGACUCAUGAACGACCAAUAUGUCCAAUGCAACAUGAUCAUGGUGCUGUAGGUCAAAACUACUCGUCAUUGAAUCACACUAUACCGGCCUGAGUUAUUAUUGCGUCAUUGUUUUUUAAAGAAAUGUAUGAUUUGAUAACAAAAUUAAAGAUUUUUUUGCGUGUGUGUGUGUGUGUCGAAUCACAACAUUAAUUACUGUAACAGAAACAUACGCACCACCUACAGACAGUAAUAUACUACAUUAUCAAUAGCAAGUACUUCAGUGCAAUCAGUGUAAAAUUAAAAAAACUUUAAAGCUCACAGUUGCGGACACACGUUUGGAUAUUGCUAGCACGGGUUGUGUAUUGACAGACUGUAUGAUGACCAGCAGACAUUCAAUGAUUAAAGACAUCAUAAAACAUGUUUCAAAACCUUUGACACC